AUGGCUUCUCGCCUCUUGCCCAGCGCUCUGGUUGUCGCAGCCUUCAUGCUGCUGGGAUCCUUGGUGGCUCGAAGCUUCGUGUCCCCGCCAGCAAGCAGCAGAACGACUGCCAAGGCACUGCACGCAUUGCCCCAGCCUGGGCAAAAGACAGACGCAAAGAAGGAAGAGGGUGGCUUCAAGAUGCCAAAGCCCGACAUGCGCCUGAUGAACGAGCAGUCCAAGACUGGACUGUCCUACGAUCAGGACCAACGAGUCAACAUGUGGGGUCUCGAGCCAGAGGUGAAGUUCCAAGAGAGCGAUAGCGAAAUGUUGCCAGCCACCAUUUACUUCCCAGUCAUCAUCGCGCUGACCAUUGGCAGUAUCUUCUUCUUCGCGAAGCUUUUUAACGACGACCCUCGAUUUGGAGGCGCGCUCGGCGAUGACGCGCGCCUAAUCAAUGAGUGGGGCUAG